AUGACAACGGAAACAUUUUACGAAUAUAUAACAAACGUGUUUUACCCAUGGUUAGUCCAAGAAAAUACACAGUUUCCUGUUAUUCUUUACAUGGACAAUCACUCAUCACACUUGAACUUACCGCUGGUAACUUUUUGUCGAGAAAAGCAGAUUGAAUUAAUUAUGUUACCUCCAAACUCCACUCAUAUUAUGCAACCACUCGAUACAUCUUUUUUCCAUCCUUUUAAGGAAACAUGGAAAAAAUCUGUUCCCAAAUGGAAAAGUCAACAAAGAGUGACACAUAUUAAAAAAGAAGAUUUUCCUCUGGCUCUCCAGUUUACUCUACAAAAUAUGAAAAAUGCAGAGAAGGUAGUUAAAAGUGGUUUUCGAAGAACAGGACUAUAUCCAUUUGAUGCAAGUGCCGUGGAUUAUGAUGUUUUAAACCAGGGUAAAAAAUCGAAGCAAAGACUCGAAACUAAUGACACAAAAUAUUCCGAUGAGGCUAUUGAAAAAGAACAGUUUUUACAACUUUUUGAGAAAAAUUUACCAGAGGAGUUAGUUUCUGAUUUUAAAGAAGCACAAAAGCCAGUAAUAAAGAAAAUAGAAAUUCUAAAUGACCGUAGUAUUCGAGGUGAUUUAUGUACAGAUAUUGAUUCAAGUAUUAAAACAGGUAUUGAUUCCGGUGUUGAUCUUUUUAAAACAAAUGAUCAAGAAGGUUUAACAGAUGUUGAAGUACACACUAACUUAGUGAGCAAUGAUGAAGCAACGCAAUCUGUUAUUAUUUUCAACAAUAAUUUUGAAACGUUGAAUGGCGAACAAAAUACGAUUGGAAAUGAAUUUAAUUAUGAAGUUCUAUACGAGCUUCCGGUCCAAAUCGGUAAUGAAGAACCAGUUCAAAUAAUUGAUGAAGAAUUGAAUGAUACCAAUACAAUAAAGACUCUGACUACUUGUAACGAAAACGUAACUGGUAGCUUUAAUGAGACAAUUGCUAUUGAUAUCAGUAAUGAUCAUUUACUCUCUCAGAAUGAUUCUAGCAAUGUACAACUGAUAGUUGAAAACCAUUCUACUAACCAAAAUCAUCAGACAGAACUUAUGAAAGAGAAUUUGGAAAAUGUUUGUGAACGAAGUAGUGGACAAAGUUCUAGCAGAGAAGAAAUUUCAUCAGUUACUGUAGGAAAAGAUAAAACACCACUAAAGGAGAUCUUCACAUUGCCGGUGAAAUAUUUACCUAAAAAAAAAGGGCUAGAAUUGAAAAAUUAGGUAAAUCCAAACUACCUUCAGUAGGAACCUCUGAUGAAUGGUAUAAUCUACAAUUAGAAAAAGAAAAUUUAAAAAAAAAGCAAGA